AUGAUGUCAACUGGGCUGUUAUACCUAUUUAAUAUCAAAGGAAAAUCCGCCCUCACCACCGGGGGCGGUCGUGGAAUUGGGCGAUCCAUGACUAUCGGGCUUGCAGAAGCAGGUGCUGAUAUUGUACUUCUCUUACGGAAUGUCUCUCAAACAGAAACUCAAAACCAAAUCGAGAACCUCGGUCGCAAGUGCUUCAUUUAUGCAGCCGACCUUGAAAUCAAGGACGAGGCUUCAAAAGUCAUUCCUGAAAUAUUCUCCAGGCACAAGACUGACAUUCUUGUAAACGCAGCUGGCAUUCAGCGUCGGUUUGCGGCUGUGGACUAUAGCCAAGAAACGUAUGAUGAGGUCAUGCAGGUAAAUAUGGGCUCCACAUUCAGACUUUGUCGUGAACUAGGCAAGCAUUGGAUUGCGAAUAACAUCAAAGGAGUUAUAAUAAACACAGCCAGCUUAGCUUCAUUUCAAGGAGGAGCACUCUCCAACGAAUGGGCGAUUCAUGGCAUCCACACAAGAUCUGACCCGAAUAAUGAUUAUUACAAAUCUAUCAUGGACCUAAUUCCCAGUGGAAAAUGGGGAGAGCCAGAUGAUUUCAAAGGAACAGUGGCCUUUCUUGCUAGCAAAGCUAGUUCAUAUAUUACUGGACAGAUUAUUACUGUCGAUGGCGGUUGGAUGGCGAGGUAGACCUCUCGCCUCUUUCCUCUAAUUGGAAAGUAGUUGCUGUAACUUUUUUUCAAAUCGUUAUGUAUGCCUACGCAUAUCAGGCUCCCGAGCACAAAUAUGCUAUUAUUUGCAUGGUG